CACAGAGAAAGAGAAAGAGAGAGAGAGGGAGCCCAAAUCAGUUCCGCCCAGUAGUUUGAAAACACAACGGCGCAUCGGUGCUGGUGGACGCGGCAGUGUGGAGCUCGGAGACGGGGAGCUGAGGCAGCUGAAGGAGCUGAGGGAGCCGGUAAAGCCUCUAUGAGUCAUGGUGGACUUUUAUAGCGAGCUCUGGACGCCGUUAUCUGUGUGCCGUUAUUGUCCUCAGUCAUAUUUCACAGCCUGUGUGGUGGCGGAAGGCUGGCGCUGAGCAUCGUGAGGAGCUCCGUGAGCUUGGACCGGGCUCAGACUCUGUUUUUAAGGUCUGAUAAGCUGAAAAACUGCCGUUCCGUGGCUACAUAUGGCUGUUCCCGCUGGGAGAUGUAGGCCAACACCACUCUGCACCAGGACCCAAAUCCCCUUCUGCUUCUGUUCUCCAAUCUUCAAAUCUCCAAUCCUCCAAACCUGACCUGCAGCUGGACUGAGCUGAACCAAGCUAGACGGAGCGGUCCAAGGCCGCUCUCUCUCCUCCUGCUGCCACCCAUGAGAGGCAAACAGUUCCAACAGCAACUAAAACCGGCAGCGCCUCGGGAGACAGACAGUGACUAUGGCAGGAGACUCAAGACGUACCAGAACCACACCAAAAUAAUCGCCCAGCCAGGGAUCGUGAUGAAAGUGCUGCGCAAGAAGCGGAUGAUUUUGUUCAUCGCUUAUUUCCUGCUGCUGGUCUUGACUAUGUUGAACUUGGCCAACUACAGGUGGAGCAAAGAGCCACAGCAGUGUAGCCACCAGACUCGCAGCACAGCCUACCAGGGCAGGUCAGACAUCCGCUUCCUCUACAGGCCCUCGCUGGCCAAGAAGCGGCAGCUCGUCUACGUCCUCACCACGUGGCGGUCGGGGUCGUCCUUCUUUGGUGAGCUUUUCAACCAAAACCCGGACGUCUUCUUCCUCUACGAGCCGAUGUGGCACAUCUGGCAGAAGCUAUACCCAGGCGAUGCCGUCUCGCUGCAGGGGGCGGCGCGGGACAUGCUGAGCGCCCUGUACCGUUGUGACCUCUCAGUGUUCCAGCUGUAUAACAGCCCCGGGGGCAAGAACUUUACAUCCCUCGGCUUGUUCGGGGCCACCCUGAACAAGGUGAUCUGCUCGUACCCCCUGUGCUCCGCCUACCGCAAAGAGGUGGUGGGCAUGGUGGACGACAAGGUGUGUAAAAAGUGCCCGCCGCAGAGUUUGCGGAUGCUGGAGGAAGAGUGCCUGAAGUACAACACUAUCGUCAUCAAAGGGGUGCGCAUUUUGGACGUUAAUGUUUUGGCGCCUCUCAUGGAGGACCCCUCGCUAGACCUCAAGGUGAUACAUCUGGUACGGGACCCGAGGGCCGUGGCGAAUUCCAGAAUCAAAUCCAGGCAUGGUUUGAUUCGGGAAAAUCUGCAGGUGGUCCGGAGCAGGGACCCCAAACUUAGGCGGAUACCGUUUGUGGACGCUGGACAUAAGAUGAGCAAGAAGGACGGGGCGGACUAUCAUUCGAUUGGAGCAAUGGAGGUCAUUUGCGACAGGACCCACAGGAGCUUGCGAACGGCGCUGAACCCGCCCGCCUGGCUGAAGGGCAAGUACUUGACAGUCCGUUACGAGGACCUGGUGGAGAACCCUGUCAAAGUUGUACGAAACAUCUACCGCUUCGUCAAUCUCAGUGUCAACCACGACAUUGAGUCUUUCGCCCUCAACAUGACCAACGGUACAAACUCUUCCUCAAAGCCAUUCAUUGUGUCAUCCAGGAACGCCACCCAAGCUGCCAGCGCUUGGAGGACGCUCCUGAGCAUCCAACAGAUCAAACAAGUGGAGGACUACUGCCACCAGGCCAUGGGGGUGCUGGGUUACGAACGUGUACGAACAGCCAGUGAGGCCAAAGACUUGGGUAAAUCCUUAAUGACUGCCUCCAAACUGUGACAGCAACCUCUCACCAAAGACUUCUGAUUGAAAAUGAAAAAGAAAAAAUGCCAGUCUGAAUGGUUUCAGUGUAGCUCAGUAGCUGUGGAAUCCAGGCUUUAUUUUGUUUCAGUGUUUUAUGGAGGGAUUUGACAUCCCUCAUAGGAAUGUACUUUUAUUUUGUGGUAAUUUAACGCUACCACAGCUUUUAUAACCGGAUUAUGGAUGUUUGACAAACCGUCUACAAAAAAAAACAAAAACAUGACUUGAAUAUGAGAUGAGUCUUGAUAUUGUACAAAUCAUGUGUCUUGCAUCUCGACAACUCUUCAGAAUGGAUGUUUAUAGGAUUAUUUUGAAUGUUUCAGACACAUUCGUUAAUUUGAAUUUGCUCACUUUGCAAAUUGUGAAUGGAAAAUGUGGAAAAUACUGACAAUGAAUCAAAACUCUCUUUAAAAGCAGGUGAUGCUGUUUAGUUAGUGCAGGAUCCUCUCAGAGACAAUCAUUAAAGUGCUCUGUAAUGAUUUUCCUGUUUCUGCUGCUCCUUUGACCUGCCUGAUAGUUUGUCAUGGUCAGUCUGCAGUGCUGGUGGGUGCUCAGACCCCUUCCUUUAUCGCUCAGCGCGUUCAGACUCCUCACUGGCUGGUUUUAUUUGGCUUAGGGGUCUUUAUUAUUGUAGCUUUUUUCAAGAUUGAGUCCCUGCUGUUUUCCCACGACACUUUCUAACAUACUUAUGAAAGGAUCAUUAUAGCCAGACAGGCUGGAACUGUGACUUUUAGACUACACUCAGAGCAUACUGGCUUCUCUACAGGAAAAAGAAAAGCUCUGUAACUUGUUUGGUUCUAAAAAAUGAACAAAAUGGUAUGUUGGCAAGUGAUAUAAUCAUUUUGAGAUUGCAAUAAUCAAAAUAAAAUUAUGGUCUCAUGUUCA